AUGUGCCGUCUGGUUCCCGGGACUGGAUUAGGCUUCGGUGGUAGUUCUGGCUCGGAGCCAGGUUCUCGAGUUUCAUUUCCUAAGUACCCAGGCUUGCUUGAGCUUUUGUCCCGCCUUCUUACCCCUACCGAAGAUAAUGCGUCGGCUGUGGGAGGUAGUACUGAUAUUGUGACUGAGCGUGUCUUCCCAGCCCUGGAGUUGGUUGGCGAGAAAAUCCCGACGUUCUCUGACAACCAUGACACAAUGUUGCGCGCACUGGUCCUCGAGCAUAUGAAGAGCCCUGUUUGGGGAGUCAGGGAACAUGCGGCUCGCGUGUAUGCAUCUCUUCUCACUCGUAACAACAUAUUACAGGAUGUGUCCAACCUUGUGGAUAUUUCGCCAUCAGCCGCCACGGAUAAUUUUCUUCAUGGAAUAGCGCUUUGUGUCCGAUAUUCUCUGCGUCGUUUCUCGUCUGUCACUGACCUGUACUGGAUGACACAUAUUCAAGGGUUUCUGGAAACAAUACGUCGAGUUCUUGCGUCCAUCCUUCCGCUGGCCAGGUCUCCAGCUGUUGCUGCUACCCUUAUUGAGAUUCUGAAUGAUGCAGUGGAACGGGCAAUCAAAGCAGAAAUCGAAUCUAAAACUGCAUCCUUCCUUGAUGAGGUAUCCCGGGAAUUUGAUCUCCACGGCAUCCUAACUCAUGUCUUCGAUACCUCCCAUGCUGGUUGGAACAUUUCCAGCUUGACCCGCGCGUCAUCUUUGCUUCGAAGAGCGCUUGCCUGGUGCAUGACGCUGAGGAUGCUCGUUUCAGGUAAAUGGGGAGAGCUUACUCAAUUCUACCUUGAGGUAGUAACAUUCGACGUCGACGCCGCUAGGUGGAUUUUGGAGGAGCUUGUCGAGCGCAUUGGUGAGAAGAAGAGAUACAGAAAGCCUCUGGCCGAUCUUUACGCCUCUGCGAUUCUAGCAGACUCUCCUGCGAAUAUCAAGACAGCGGCUGCAUCGAAUCUGGCCUCUAUUCUUGAGGGAUUGCUAUUGUCUGAGUUGGAAACUGUUAAAGGCAUGGGGUUGCCAUGGGAGAAGAUUGGGGGGAGCUUCCGGCCCGAGUCCAACAUUCAGUUAUGGAACAGAGACGCAACUGACGCAGAACUUCGUCUCUGUGGUUGCCUUCUGACGAUCCGCAUCGCUUCUGGAGAGUGGCAGUCUCCCUCAUCAUUUGAUGGAGAGCUUCGCGGCUGGGCUGUCAAGUUGCGAUCUGCCCUGAGUGAAGAAACCGAAUUCACAUCUCGCUAUGCUGCAGUGGCAUCUCUCGGCAGCUUUUCUAAGAUCCUGCGAGUCCCAAAUUGCCCACCGAGAAUUGACCCUAUCUUGUUGGACAUAUACCUUGCCCUAUACGACAUGCUCAAUGACGAUGACGAGGAACUUCGCGACAUGGCCGCAGCUACCGCGUCCUGGGCCCUAUCCUAUUCAUCUGUAUCACCGAACGCGGCUGUCACUCUCGGGCCGUUGAAUGCCAGUGCACUUUUGGCCGCGUUCAUCGCCGAUAACUUUGCCGAAUCUCCUACGCUCACUGAGAAUGUGGUUCGAUACAUCACUGGACAGCAGCCUCGUAUCAGUGGCUCUGAUAGCCGAUCACGCCUGCUCCCCGUAUCGGAUAUAGUGGCGGAACACCGGAAGGAGAGCACCGUUUUGUUCAUGGAAGAAAAGCAGAACUUGUUCAUUGACGGAGUUCGAGAAGUUGAUGUCUGGGCCCCAGCACUUCUGCGCCUCAAGGAAUCCGCAUACAAGGAAAGCGUCGUGCGCGAUCUUUCGUGCUGGGCCUCCCAGGGAUUAGUGUAUCUCACCGAGCUCGCCAACGAGAGUGCAGGGCAAGAUGGACUUUUGGGAUGGAUCUCGAAACCCGAGACCUUUACUGUGGGAGUGCGACUGAUUGGAAUUGCCUCUGUCCUGGUGGCAGAGAAGUUCCCUUUGCCAAACUAUAUGAGCGUUGGGCAAGAUGAGCUGCACAGGCAGAUGCAGACUCUCUGGGUAAUAGGAGUAAAGGCCUCGUUUCACGAUGAGUGGCUGUCAAGGAUUCAGCAGGGACUGGGAACUGGAGUUAAAUAUGUAUAG